CGUCGAAACAAAUUAAAAUUUAGUAGGGAGAAUAAGUAAGACAUAAUAUUUUAGUAGUAAACAUUUUACUUAGAAAAAGAAAAACAUUUCAUUUCGUUUCUUCCGCCAGCAUUUCAAAUUUACCCUCCUUCCUCUCUUUUUCCUCUUGAACCAAAGCUCCUCUCUCUCCCUCUCUCAUUUGGUAAAUUCUUUUCACCGCUCCAACGACAGGUUUUCUUUUCUCUCUCACUCUUCUCUUUUCUUCUCAUGCAGAGGUCACUCUCUCUCUUCCUUCUUCACUCUCCAUCUUACAGAUCCUUUCUUCACUCAUUUUCUUUUCUAUUUUAUUUCUUCUUAUCAAUGUAUAUAUAUAUAUAUAUAUAUAUAUAUAUAUAUUUUUUUUUUCCCUCUUUGUUUUGAAUUAUAUUUAUUGAAUGGACCUGGUUGAAACACAAUUUUGUGCGCAUAUUUGUGUUAAAUUUGUUAUUUUGAGAUGGUUUUGGAGUACAAAGUUGUUUGACAAUUGAGAAUUUUUGUGGUUGCAUGUUACUUGUUUGGUAAAAGACCAGAGAGAAUUUAGCUGUCAUUCUAGUUGGUUGGAAUGUCUAGAGAAUGACAUGGGUAUAUGUAGGAGCUAUUAAUAUAAUUAUUAUAGUGUGUUAGAUAUGCUUUAUUUGAACUUGGAAGUAAUUUUGAAUUACCAAAAAAAAAAAAAAAAAAAGGGAACUUGGAAGUAAUUUUACUUGCAAAGAAGAAAAGAAGCUAUAAACAACAAUAAUAUAUUGGAAUUGGCUUUUAGUAAAAAUCUGGAAUAAUUGGUUGUAUCCAGUAUAUAGGACUUGUUCAAUAAUUAUAUUUGAAUAUUUUAUGUGAUAAUGACAAAUUAGUAACUUAUUCCCAUUCCCAUUCUAAUUGAGUUGAUAAAUUAUAAAAGAGCAUAUUGUCUGGGAACCUUCAAGGAUUGGAUCGUGGUUUGCUUCAUUGAUUUUCAAUUUUGUAUUAUCCUUACAAUUAUUAAUAAAAAGUAUUAUCCUUAUAAAAUCAACAACAUGAUACUAGUGCCUAGUGGUACUACUACCAUAAAAGAAUAAAAAAUUAAAAAAUUAAAAAUUAAUUGUAAGGAUAAAAAAAAGUAAUUAAAAAUACACUAGUACUGUAUUUUAAAAUUAUUAAUUAUAUAUUUUUAUUUGCUUCAUUGAAUAAAUUAUAUAAAUUUGAAGCAUACUUUAUAAUGUUAAUGGAAGAGGAAAAAACGAAGGGAAAUCGGAAAACAACCACGUUUUACCCCAAAGGUUGGAAAGCCAUCGAAGAGGGGAUGAAAAGGUUGAUCGGUAGGGAGUACACCAGACAACAAUUAAGGAAUAAAUUCUACCAAUUGAGAGACAGAUACAAGUCCUAUGAGAUAUUUUUAUUCAAUAUUGGUUCGUCAUGGGACUCUAAAUCAGGGCAGGUGACACUCACCGAGGCCCAGUGGGAGAAGAUGGACAAGAAAGUCAAGAAUGCUCGGCGGCUUCGGAGAAAAGGAUGCAAACAUUACGACUUGCUCUCCGACUUGUUUGACGACACAUCUGCCACUAGUGCCGGUGCCCACUCUUCGGCCAAAAGAACAUCCACUAGUCUUGGGGAUGAUGAUAAGGACAAAACUGGAAUUAAAGCCUUAAUGGCGGUGUUGAACGGCAUGGAAGGCCUUGAUAACGAUCGUUAUUUCAAGGCCGCACAUAUGUUCAUUGAGGAUGUGUUGUGGAGGAAAAUGUUUCUUGGGCUUGAUGAUGACAGAAAGGGGGCCCUGAUAUGGAGUCUCUGAUUUCAUCGCUGUUUGCUUAUGUGAUGAACAAUAUUUUUGUAUAUGCUUAUAACAUUAUGGUGGUCUUUUUUUGUAUAUGCUUAGUUUUAGACUUUUUAUGGUGAUAUUAUUGAAUUAUGAUGAAUAGAAGUGUUUUUUACUUGUGUUAAUGAUAGACAUAGUAUAUGAAACAAUGUAUGAAGC